AUGCGUGGUGCCGAGAAUGGUAACGCCCAUGGGUCGGACCUUGUCCUCGUUCAUACACGCUUGAAAGUUCAUUUCUCAUCCGCACCAAAAAUGCCACGUCCUAGACGCCUCAAUGUCGCAAAAAUCCGGCAAGCCAGCACUGCCGAGACCCUAAGCAGAGAAAUCCGGACCUGUUUUACGGCCCGAGCCAACGGAGAAGUCAGUAACCAGUGGUCGUCACUGAAGACAUCAGUCUAUGGGGCAGCUGAGAAAAUCCUUGGAUACACCCAGCGCCGCCGCAGUGACUGGAUCAGCGGAAGAACCCUGCAGUUGUCUGCUCAGACGGCUAGAGCCAGGUCCCGCAACGAUGACUUCUUCCGCCGACUUCGGAAGAUGACGGCAAAAUCGGCCAGGGAUGACCGGAAACAAUAUUGGGCUGAAAUAGCGACAUCCAUUGAACAGGCCUCGAACGUUGGUGACACUCGAAAACUCUACCGUCUGAUCCGCCAAGUUAGCGGUAAGCCCUCUACACUGAGUGACUCUGUUCGCGAUAUGAACGGCGGCUUUAUUGCUGACAACUCGGCCAAAGUCGAGCGCUGGCGUGAGGACUUUGAGCACCAUCUCAACUACGAUACCCAACCUACAUCGCCCUUGCUCUCCUCCUCAGCGGAGUUUCUUCCCCCUCCUACCUAUGCAGUGCCAUGCGAUCCACCCUCCGAGGAAGAAGUCGCCGAUGCCAUACGAAAGUUGCGCAACAAUAAGGCACCCGGAGAGGACGGUAUACCCGCUGAAAUCUUUAAGUCUUGUGUCGACACUGGCGCCCUGGCUCCAUGA